AUGUCCAACGAAUACCAGACACCCGGAGUCAUCAAGACAUAUGACAUUGGAACAGACCAUGUGCAUACCCAGCGAGUGCUCGAGAUUCAACACAACACAGUCCCGAUUCUAUGGGCCGGGACGAGCUUUGGUGUAAUCAACAUCACUUCCGACGGARAUGGUCUCCAGACACUCGCUGCAGUCAUGCCCAAAUCUUUUUAUAGCGUCCGAGUCAUGUUGGGUCCGAAUCCCCAUGCACUUCCAAAAGAUGCUUGGGCAGAUGUGCUUCCCGAGGGAAGGAGGAGUAGCCAGCACGCUUUCAUGUUUGAUGAUAGACUGUUUUGGUGGCGAAGAAUGCACGAUAAAUCAAACGGUGCCAGCUUGAUGGGAGGCCAUGAUUUCAAGCUUGUAGAUGGUGAUGACAGAGCUAUAGCUGUGUAUAUCGAUGAUCGGCGUACGUUUCACGUUGAAAAGAUUGGACGAAUCGACUACUUUGUAGAGCUUGGUCGAUAUUUGGAGCUUUUCAGCCUUGCCGCCAUCCUUGGUAUCCAGCAUGGGAUAAGGAGACUAGCUUGA